UGUCCUUCCUGCAUUCCAGGGAGUCAGGGAUGAAGGGUCAGAUCCUGGUAAAUGGAAAACCCAGGGACCUGAGGAAAUUCAGGAAAAUGUCCUGCUACAUCAUGCAGGAAGACAUGCUGCUGCCACACCUCACUGCACUAGAGGCCAUGAUGGUUUCAGCUAACUUAAAGCUGAAUGAAACUAUGGAUGUGAAAAAAGGACUGGUGAAUGAGAUUCUGACUGCCCUGGGACUCCUUGACUGUGCUUACACUCGUACCAGCUCUCUGUCCGGCGGUCAAUGUAAACGUCUGGCCAUCGCCCUCGAACUGGUCAACAAUCCUCCAGUCAUGUUCUUUGAUGAGCCAACCAGUGGCUUAGACAGUGCGUCAUGCUACCAGGUGGUCUCACUAAUGCGCUCUCUGGCGCUGGGAGGACGGACCAUCAUCUGCACCAUCCACCAGCCCAGUGCCAAACUGUUUGAGAUGUUUGACAAGCUUUACAUUCUCAGUCAGGGACAGUGUAUCUACAAAGGCACAGUCCCUUACCUAAUCCCUUAUCUGAAGACUCUGGGCCUUUACUGUCCUACCUACCACAACCCUGCAGACUUCAUCAUUGAAGUGGCAUCAGGAGAGUAUGGAGACCUGAAUCCGGUGCUGUUUGAGGCAGUCCAGGGUGGAAUGUGUGCAUUGGAGGAGAAGAAGAAUCAAUGUGAAAACAAUGGCACAUCUGUCUGUGCAACAAAGUGCCACAAG